UGUCGCAGAAACUAUAUUGGCACGAUUAUCAAACAGAUAUUCAUCCUCGUUGUUCCAAAAGACCACUGCAGUCUCGUCGUCAGCGGAGAUUCGAGCACGACAGGUAUUUGUUCAGAAUGAAGGGAGACGCCGCGAACUCAGAGCUGACCAACGAAGAUAUCGUGGCUUGCUCCAAGUAUGCGCGAGCGAUACCCGUCAAAAGCUCGCUAAAAAAACACCGUCAUUGUAAACAACUUGAGAGAUCGCCAGACGAGCGAGAAUGUUCCGACGCCGAGAGUGAGGUGUCGGUGAAAUAUAUUCCGCGUACUGUCCAGUUAAGGAAGUCGCGCGCGCUGGAUUCUGAACCGAGACGUCGCUACGUCGGCAUCGGUGACGGUGAAUAUGUCGCAGAGACGAGGAACGAAAGUGACGUCGAAUCUCAGGAGGUGAGGAGCCUCGUUUUGAGUCUCGAGGAUCUAGAGAGGUUGAAGCGAGGCAACGGCGAGGCGACGGUAAGCGAGGAUGACAAGAAACUCGAGAGACGGAGACCUGAAAAUCUCGCGAGAACGGUGAAAUCAAGAAAGACCGGAGAUGCAGGGAGCAAGUCAUCCACCAUGAUUGACCAGUCAAUUAAUAGACUCACGAAGGAACUCGUACUUAACGAACCCGAGCGUCUAGCGAAGCUGGAUCUCCAUGCCACUAAAACUCGCAUUCUGGAAUCGAUUGAUCGUAUGCUUGGCACCACGGACGACACGAAAAAUGACGUGCCUAUGCAGCAGGAACAAACGGAACAGGAAAGCCUCGAGAAGAUAACUCGCGAACUUCAGGAAAAUGGUUGGCAGCUAUUGUUCAACGGUCUAACGAUCCGUAGAAAUUCCACUAGCAGACGGAUCGUUCGUCUGGAAUGUCUGAAUCAUAUUCGCCAGCAACUCGACAAACUGUACGCUCUCGAGUCGACUUUGGACAAUUGUCCGCCUAAGCUGCAGUCUCUGUCGAGCUGCGAUAUGCCACGCAAUGAGGAACGUCAACAGUCGCAGCAUCAAUUGGAGCAGAAAACUGCGGAUUCUUGAACGUGUCGAAAGUUUGUGUACACAUAUUUUUUUUAUAUAUAUAUUUAAGCACCAUCAUAUAAAUACUGAAAAUCCAUGAUGCAUCGAUUAUGCAAACAACAACACAUAUAUAUAAAUCUGUAUAGAUUUUAUAUUUUUUUAUGCAUCGUGGAUGUAUUUAUAGAGUGCUGGGGAACUAAUUACGAACGCAAAUAUUAUCGCGCGUUAAGAGCA